ACCAAAUUAUGAAGUGUUACAUCAUUGUCUUCAUUAUUAGCAUUUAUGAUCUCUCUGCCAAAUGCGAUUUACACUUUUUUGUAUAUGAUCAACCAACCAAAACGGGUAAACGGUCGUCGUCUUCCUAACACCAAACAUCUGACAAGUCUUAACCUUCAAACUAACUCUUUCUUUUGUCUUUUUAAGAGAGGCUGAGUUUGUGCUUUUGGAUGCUCAAAUCUGUCCACCAUCAAAUAUUCAAAAUCUCAAUGAUGGACAAUCUGGCCCCCGCAACACCAGAUGCAGAUAGCAACUCCACAGUGGAUGCCUCUCGGCCUUUUCACUCAGUCAAAGAGGCGGUUGCCAUCUUUGGGAAACGGAUACUUCUUAGAGAAGUUCAGUCACCUUUGCAAGCACCCUCAACCCCUCACAUCGAGCAGGUUACUUUAUCACCUUCCUUGGAGUUAACACCAAAUUCAGAAAAAUCUCAUGGUGUUUCUCUCCAAAUUGGUACACCUGAUUCAUAUGAGUUUACACAGAAUCCCUAUAAGCCUCAGAGUAAUGCUUCUAGUGAAGCUGUAGACUCAUCGGUGUAUGAACCUACACCAAGUCCUGAAAUACCGAAAAAUGAGAACAAAUUUUAUCCUUGUUCAAAUUCUCCCUGGGAUAAGAGCAUAUCACCAUCUCCAAGUACUUCAAGUAAAGAAAUUGAACCGAUACCAAGUUUUGAGAAACCAACUAAUGAAAAGCAAGGAAAAAUAGUGCAUGGAAAUGAUUUAGUGAUGAUGUUAAUGAUAUUGAAGAGACUAGAAAGUGAGUUGCAAGAAACAAAGACAGAAGUGAAGCUGCUAAAAGAAAGAGAAUCCGAGACAGAGGUGGCAUUGGCUUCUUUGAAUGCAGAGCUUCACAAAAAUAUGUCCAAGAUAGCCAAAGCUGAGGCUGCUGAAGCCGGAAAAGCAGCAGCAAAAUCUUUAGCAGUCGUUGAAGAAGGAAAUCGAGAGAUAGGAAUGAAAGAUGAGGAAACGAAAAAAUUUGAAGUGAUGGUGAAAAAUGUGGAUUCCCCUACAUUAGCUCAGAUACUAAGUAUUACUGACUAUGAUUGCUAUUUCGGGAAUGGUAUAAAAGCGAAGAAAAAGAUGAAGAAGAAGCCUAUUAUUCCGUUGGUGACCGAUAUAUUUCCAUGGAGGAAGAAAUCAACACCAACCAAAUCAACUCCUUUGUAUUCUUGGCAGUGACUUCUUUUACUUCAUCCUUUGUUCAACUGUUAAACGAUUCUUGUGGCCAUUUUGUAAGUUCAAGUGAAUUAUUCCCCAUCAUAUUAAAAAUAGGAGAGUGAGGGACAGUUUAAGUGGUUAGAGCUUCCCUCCCGAUCCAGGAGAUCUUGGGAUCGAUUCUCACCCCGUCCUUCUCUAAAAAAGAAUAAUUAAAUAAAGGGGUAAAAAUAAGAGGCAAUUUAUUAAAAAUAAAAGUUUUGUAAAUCUAUUUUGAUGGUUAUCCGAUGCAAUAAUAAUUUUUGUAUUA